CUCUCUCAUAUUGACGCUGCUUCUAUUUUCCUCACAGAAUUUAAAACUUUUAAAUCCUCUUAGUUUGCUGCUCAUCAGUUUUAGAGAAAAAUGUUUCACCUGAUUUUGAAGCAGGAAGUUAUGAAAGAGGCGGAGUUCAUUUGUUCUGGUAUUUCUUCUCUUUGCCCUUGUUGAACUUGUUCACUAGUUGCCUUUCAAAACAAACGGCCGGUUUUCACGCUCUGAACAUUGUUUUGGUUACAUCUCAUAACUCCUACAUUCGUCCUCAUAAGGUUUUAUUUUAGCGUUUUUGGACAGAAGCUGCAGCAGAUUCUCCUGCAGCCAACAUGAAAAUCGCAGCGUUUAAUAUUCAGAAGUUUGGACGGAGCAAAGUGUCGGACCCAGAAGUUCUGAAGAUCCUCGUUAAGAUUAUUUCCCGUUAUGACAUCAUUGUGAUCCUGGAAGUCGUGGACAAUACCAAGGAAUCGGUGACGGCUCUGAUGCAAGCGCUCAACAAACCCAAACGGAAACAUCACUACACUCUGAGAAUCAGCACUCGCCUGGGCCGAACGCGCUACAAGGAGCAGUUCAUGUUCCUGUACAGGGAGGACAUGGUUAAACUGGUGGGAACGUACCAGUCUGAUGAUGAGAAGACUAAAGGACAGGACAACAUUGACAGAGAUCCGUAUAUCCUUCGAUUCAGUUGCCCAAAUACAGUUCUGGAAGAUCUGGUGAUGAUCCCAGUUCACACCAAACCAGACGACGCGGUGAAGGAACUGGACGAACUCUACGACCUCUUCAUUCACAUCAAGGAAAAGUGGAGGACUAACAACGUGAUGAUCCUGGGCGACUUUAACGCCGACAGCUCGUAUGUUCCCAAGACGAAGAUGGCGACCAUCCGAAUCCGCAGCGACCAAAACUUCCACUGGCUGAUCGGAGACGAUGUGGACACAACAGUGAGCCCCAAAAACACCAACACAUACGACAGGAUCAUUGUUUACGGAGACGACAUGCUUCGGGCUGUUGUUCCAAAAUCUGCUAAAACAUUCAACUUCCAGAAAGCUUACAAGCUCUCCGAUGAGCAGGCUCUGAAAGUGAGCGACCAUUAUCCAGUGGAGGUGAAGCUGAAGACUUUGGUGGAACAACAAGAUGAUGGUGAUGGUCUGACAGACAUGAAAGGAGGGCAAUGUCUUAACGAUGAAAACAGAAAGGGAGAAAGCGAGCCUGGCUCAUGGUUUUGCACUUUGUUCUAAAAAUCCCAGAUUUAAAAACAGUCAACCAUAAAUAAACUGAUUUGGUUACUUCCAGUAAUAAGAAAAAGGGGAAAGUAGCAACAUUAAAUUUAACACACCUGCUCUCCGUUGUUUCUCCUGAAUGUCUCCACAACAAAUCAAGCCAAAACAAAAUAUUUGGUUCAGUACAAAUUCAACAUAUUGAAUGUAUAUGAAGCCCUGUGGUAGUGGGGAAAUGGCUCAGUUCACACAUUGGUCUUUAUACUCAAUUCUAUUUUUUACUGUCAUCCAACUAUCUUGUUUCAGAAGUUCUGCAAGAAUUAUUCAUGACACGCAUGCGCAGAAAAAGAACGUUGAGUUACACAGCAAAGCUCUGUUUAGAGAAGCAAUAAUGGGCGCUGUGGUCUAUGAAUCGAAGUUAUUCGGCGAUGGAAGCAGACAGUAUCGUCACACGAUUACAACAAGACGAAGCUGAUAUAAAAUAAUACACAACUAACAGCACCUGGCUUCUUCUGGUGCAGAAUUAUGAGAACGUCUCAAAAAAGUUAAAUUAAAUGCGACAUGAUUGUCCAGACCGCAGACGCGUUGGAAACUUUCGGAUACGCAUCCGAUUUAACUCCACAUAUGCAAGUGGCAAAAUUAGAUUUUGUUUGGACGUUGAUUAGAUGGGGUCGCAUUCACCUGCUGUGUCGCCGUAACCGUCUGCUAAGUUGUAAAUUUACACUAUUGUACAAACUGUAGACUAACUACUAUACAUUGUAUCAAAGUAAUAUAUCUUCAGCGCUGUCUAAAACAUAUAAUUAUUUUCUUAUACAUUUUUAGUGUGUUCUCAGUUUUGCAAUAUAUAUUUGUUUAUCAUGACAGCAGAAACACUGGAUAGGUUAUAUAUUGAUUAGCUCCGUGUUUGGCUAGCUAGCCAAGCUGCUAUACUACAUUCUGCCAGCCAAUAGGUAAUUUAAUCAUAGUUUUACUGUACCUCUGUU